AUGGAUUACUCCAACGUCCCGGGCUACUGGUACGCUGUUGUCGAUACGCCUGGCAACAAGAAGAAGCGCGAUCUCAAGUCACUCGUUGACAGGUUCUAUGACAAUGGCAAAACAGACCAGUGGUAUGCCAAGUUCAACGGCCUCUCCUUUUACGACAACAAAGGCUUGAAGAUUUCGCAAAAGCUCGAUAACCUCGUUUAUCAUAAUGGUCAAACCUGUAGUUAUCAGGAUGUUCCAUCAGAUGGCGGCAAGCUCGGAGAGUCUAUAAGUGUAGCAAUCCAGGGCAGUACAGAUGUCGUGCUGCACUAUGGAUUCUCUAUGAUUGCGACAUGGGAGCCAAACCAAGAGGUCAAAAUUCAUCAAGCAGCUGGUUUUGUCCGCCCUGUAGGCAAAACAGACGUAACUUUCAAGGUAGGCGGCGCUGGUAUCAUGGAUACCGCCAAGAGUCUCAAGGGCGCGACCAUGACCAAGACGUUUGGUCAGAAGGGUAUGGCUGGUCACAACAUCUACAAGGGCUGGGCGUUUUUCACCGCAUACAAAGAAACUGGCGUAACGCUGCGCAGUGGCAACGGCAAGGCUGGCGCAGUUCCAUUCAGUGGAUACAUGGAAGCGCGUGUUAAAUCGGACUGGGGUCGCUACAACGUUCACUUCCCAGAUGGCGCUACUGUAUCACCACAUGUCGGGUCCGGCGAAGGUGGAAGAGAUGAAGACGAAGUCAGCAAAAGCGACCAGAACAAGCUCAUUCCCGUUGAAAAGACGCCAUCUGGAUUCAUCGAAGUGGGUUCGACGGUACGUCUUGGCUUCAAAGUAGGCAUGUCUUUCUCAAAGCCGUGGCAAUAUGCCGUCGGCGGUGAGCUUCCCGACAUGUCUGUUUCGCAGUAUGAAUACGCACGUUGGACCAUUGAGAACAACGACAACGACGCUUGUUUGAGUACCAGCUUGGGAUCGACCAUGCAGAGCGAACUGGGCGACGGAAAGUACGUCGGCUGGAAUAUGGACAACCCCACUAAAGUCUACGUGCAAGAGUACAGCGCCUCUGGCAAUAAGGAGUGCUUCAACAAAGAUGGUACGAAAAAGACGAAGCGUACAAUGCCCUUUUUAUCGCCAAAAGACUUUGUCGAGUCUGAUGAUAACAACGACACCAAUCUGGUCGCGCGACAAGAGCUGCCAGAUGAAGGCUUUAAUAUUGGUGCGAUCCCUCUCCCAGGAGCUAAUUUGCUGGAUAAAGGCUGGAAUAGCUUGAACCCAAUUCUGGCCUGCGAUGGCUGCAGUGGCUGUACAGUUGAGUCUUCCAUCAAAACACCCUGCUGUGGUUGCACAUGUCUUCCCUGCAAAUACGGCUUCUACCCCGAGUACCGCCCCGACGGCGAACUGGAGAAGCCAGGUUUUUUCGAUAUUGGUCCUUGGAAGCGCGACGUAUCCGCGUUAGACGCCAUUAUCAAGAGCAAUGUCACAGCCGACCUGGAAGACGCUGACCUCGAAGAGAGAGGACUAGAUCCACGAGCAGACGCCACGAGACCAGGAACCACCUACAAAUCCAUCCGAUUCUGUGGCGACGUCAAAGUCAAGUUCGGAUACCCAGCGUACCCCGAUUUUCUCGAGUACCCAAAUUCUCAAGUACGAUUCGACAUACACCCAUACUCGGCGCCAGUCAUGAAAUAUUACCGUAACACCUCGGCCAGCUGCACUAGCUGGGCUGUUGGUAAGCUGCCCACAGCGGGUGAACAGUGGGACCAAACGACCAACAAAUGGGUACCGAACUACUACCAAACCGAACACCCCUUCGAAGCACAAACCAUCGCCCGCUUCUUCGGCGGCAUAGACGCCGACGCAAACGACGCCCUCGACUGCGCCUGGAUAGACACAAACAUCGUAAACGAUAACAACGCCUUCCCCGGCGCCUUCGGCACCGUGAUCUCCAUGAUGAGCAAAGAACUCGGCGGCUCUGGCGGCCGCGGCGGCGCCGCCUGGGACCGCAGAAACCGCCUCGCUGCCUUUCUUUCAAACUCGAAUCGACUAAAAGGUGUUUUGGCAGGCGCAAAGACACCUGGCAUCGGCGACUUCGCGACGCUGCUGGCGGGCGAUGAACAACUCACUUUCUUGCGCGAGUUCGGGUACAUCUUCUCGUAUUGGAAUCAUCCCGAUAUAUGGGGCUCGUGGUGUGAUAGUUAUAACGGCAUUCGGGAUAUCCUGGUUCGUUUCGAUGCUGCGUAUGGAGGCGCGAAUCCCACGCCCGCCAAUCUGGCGACAAAAUGGGCGACGUUUAAUCGUAAGGAGCUCAAUUUGAUUGCCAAGAACGGUAAUACAUAUGUUGAGCUACUGUAUAGUCAGAGGAAGAGUGUGCCUGGUGUUUGGAAGUACUGGUGGGAUGCGAAGUGGUACCUGACGCUGUGGGCGCCGCUGGUGAAUCAGAAGUCGUAUAUCAAGUUCACCAACACGUGUAGGAACUUGCCGACAUAA